AUGCAAGUUAAGACUAAGAUCAAUAAGGAGAACAACAUGUUUAUUACCAUCAAGAAGGGUGCUACCCUAGAUGGUGAUGCAGUGAGCAAGGGCAGAGAGUUUGGUACUGAGAUCACUAAUAACACUGGAGCUAGCAGUGAGUGAGAGAUUGAUGAAAAAUCUCCCUGUGUUGUGAAAGACAAUCUGUACGAGUCAAAUCUCCCUAAAACUUCUCCAAAAACACACAGAAUGACAGAUCUACAUGCUGGAACCUCUAUCACUCUGAGAUGAAAGAGAGAAGAGGAAGUUCCAUCGCAUUACAAAGGAGGCAAAGACUUGUCAAAAUUGGAAGGAGAUGAGCUCAAAGAAGCACUCAAACAAGAGCUCAAAUUGAGAAGAAAAGCUAUCAACAAAGAAAUCUCGUUCCAAGAUGUAAUCAACUUCAGGACUCCUGAGCUGGUUGGUGAGUACGCAGGCAAAUGAAUUCAAUGGAUGAAAGAUCAGGAAGAGAAAUUUAGAAUCAGUAAGAAUUAUUUGGAUGAGUCUCCAUUCAAGAGAAACUCUAAGAAGCAUAAGCUCACUAGACAAGACCGGGCGAUUGCAGUUGAUCUUGUAUUUGAGAUUCAUAGGAAGUAUGGACUAGUAUCAGAAACUCUUUUUGUUGCAAUUUCAACAAUUGAUAGAUACCUGGGAUUUAGAAAAGAACCUCUCAGAAGAGCCAGAGAUAUUGAAGCUAUUGGAGUUGCAGCUCUUCUCAUUGCUUCUAAAUAUGAAGAUAUUUAUCCCCCAGCUUUGGACGAAAUGAUUACGAUGAUGGGAAGGCCAGCAACUAGAAAAGAAAUCUUGAACUGGGAGUUCAAAAUUCUGAAACAACUAGUGUUUGAGAUUACUGUGCCUACUCCAUUUAGAUUUUUGGAAAGAUUUUCCUCUAUCUCAGUGGUCUACCAAAAUGCGGCUCCACUUGCAAAAUAUGUAAUAGAACUUGCCCUCUACGACUACGACAUAGUCUACAACUUGACUCCAUCUGAAAUCGCUUGUGUGGCUUUAUUCAUAUCCGUGAAUUUUGAUGUGAACUCCAACAAAAUUUCCCCCAAACUCAAGUGGUCAUCAGAAGUCUCCAAAGAGUCUUCCAUUAAAAAGUCAAGGAUGAUAGAAUAUUUCAAUACCUACUUUGUGGACCUUGCGUUCAGGGUAGAGAGAGAGCUGAAGGUGAAUGACAUCAACAUAAAAUAUCCACAAUACCAAUUUGUGGACGAAGAACCUCUUGGUUUGUUCAACCAAAUCAAAUAAAUUUAUUAAUGAAGCUAAAUGGACUAAUCUAUAAGCUAGAUUAUUCACAUCUCAA